UUCGCCACACUUGCUGACUUCCUGUGUCACUGAAGCUCCGGGCUACUCAGCGGAAUGGCUGCGUUCCUGCGAGCUCGUAAAUACGUCCGUUGUGUCGUCCGUUUCUCCGACCGUGAACUGUAAACGCUGGUGUUGAACGUGUGUGACGAUAGAGAAGGAGACGUACUAGCCAAGCGGUCAUGGCUGAAGAUAAUACAGAUAUGAGCAGUAUGAUCGAAGAUGAAGAUUCAGAUGACCCAAACCUUCAGCUGGAGCUCAAUACGUUCAGAGCUGAAUGGAUGUCUGAACUCAAACCGAGCUCUGGAGCAGGUGGAUUGAGCAGCCGACUGCUGCGAGCUAAAGGUCUGAGGAGGACACAAGAUAUUGUCCGGGAAGAGAAAGCCACAGAGCUGUUCUUGAGAGCUGUUCAUGAAGAGCAGAAUGGAGCUGUCUAUGAGGCUAUCAAGUUCUAUCGCAUGGCUAUGCAGCUUGUGCCUGACAUCGAGUUUAAAAUCAACUACAGCCGACCUCCUGAUGCAGACCGAGGUGGAAGAAAAUACAUGGAGGGCAAUAUUGAUGGUGAGAUUGAGGAUCUACUUGCCUACUUUGAGCAGGAGCUCACUCUGGAAAGCUCCUUUCCAAAGAUCUGCACUCCUCAUUUGGAUUUGACUCAGAUGCACAUUUCAGAAUUGCCGCGGGAAAUCCUGAUGUACAUUUUCCGUUGGGUUGUGUCCAGUGAUCUGGACAUGCGAGCCCUGGAGCAGCUCUCGUUGGUUUGCCGUGGGUUUUACAUUUGUGCAAGGGACGCUGAGCUUUGGCAUUCAGCCUGUUUGAGAGUGUGGGGACGGAACUGCACCAAACUUGUACCCUUCAAAUCCUGGAGGGAGAUGUUUCUGCGAAGGCCUCGUGUGCGUUUUGAUGGUGUUUAUAUCAGCAAGACAUCAUACAUUCGCCAAGGAGAGGAAUCGCUGGAUGGGUUUUACAGGGCAUGGCAUCACGUUGAGUACUACAGGUACCUCCGAUUCUUCCCUGAAGGCAACGUCGUCAUGGUGACCAGCCCUGAGGACCCUCUGAUCGUUGUUCCUCGCUUGCGCACUACGAACAUCAGAAUGGAUUCUGUUCUGGUCGGUCAUUUCCGUCUGUCACAGGAGACAGACAAUCAAACCAAAGUUUUUGCUGUGGUCUGCAAGAAGAAGGAGGAGAAAGCGACCGAGUUUCAAAGGAAUCGGUUCUGCAGGCGGAACCCAUCUCCGGAAGCUGAACACAGCUUCCAUGUGGGACUGCAUCUGUCCUCUGGGGGGCGGCAGAGUUUCAGUAAACUGGUGUGGAUCCACCACUCCUGCCACAUCACUUACAAGAUGACUGGGGAAACGGUGAUCACAGCGUUUGACCUGGACACUAUGUACCAGCCCUUCGUCUUUGCACGUGUGAAGAGUUACACUGCUUUCUCCGCUCAGCCUCUUUAAGCAGCCUGGAGGCCUGCACAUGAUCCCACCAAAACAGCAAAAGUUCAUCAACCAUUUUAACAAAAUGCAUACUCCUUAGCUUUUUUAAUUUGGGCUGCAGCUGGAUUACAAUGUUAUUAUAUGAACCUUCAUGUUACCUAUAGGCAAACACUUUAUGUUUCAGGUUUACAUAAUCGAACACUACUUAUUUUUUGAUCUCAGAAAUGAUAAUUAUGUGCUGAGAGCUAAAAUAAUUAGCAACCUUUCCUACCUGUUCCAAGCAAUGAAUGUUCAUACUGUGUUUGUUUCAUGGUGCACUUUCUCCCUCAAAUAAACAGUUGUGAACAGAA